GUCAGAUGUCACAUUAUAAUUAAAGUUUUGACAAAUUGUGAUCUAAUAAUCUAUUUUUCCAUUUAAAAUUAGAUAAAUAAAGCAAAAAAAGGUACUUUAUGUGAAGUAAUAUAAAUAACAAUGUGCAAACAAAUCAGUAGGUUAAAGUUUCCUAUUAGUAAUUUACAGUGACAGCAAUGUUACUAAAUUAUUCUCGAACAUUGAUCGCUCUUAAAUUUGUUAUCGGCGUAGUUUAGUGAUAAAUGCAAGAAAUGUUUCGAAGUAGGAGCUGGUUUGGAGGAGGAUGGGGUCGUCCGAAAAAUCCACAUUCCCUAGAACACUUGAAAUACUUAUACAAUGUUUUAUCCAGAAAUCAAACAGUGUCAGAACAUAAUCGAGGUCUUUUAGUGGAAACACUGAGAUCCAUAGCUGAAAUAUUAAUUUGGGGUGAUCAAAAUGACUCUUCAGUGUUCGAUUUCUUUUUGGAGAAGAACAUGCUUUCGUUCUUCUUACGAAUAAUGAGACAAAGAAGUGGAGGCUCAAACUAUGUGUGUGUACAGUUAUUACAAACGUUAAACAUUUUGUUUGAGAAUAUUAGAAAUGAGACAUCUUUAUAUUAUUUGUUAUCAAACAACCAUGUAAAUUCCAUUAUUGUACACAAAUUUGACUUUUCUGAUGAAGAAGUAAUGGCAUAUUAUAUUUCAUUUUUGAAAACCUUAAGCCUCAAAUUGAAUGCUCAUACUAUUCACUUCUUUUAUAACGAACAUACAAAUGAUUUUCCUUUGUACACUGAAGCAAUCAAAUUUUUUAACCACCCUGAAUCUAUGGUACGAAUAGCUGUACGUACUUUAACUCUCAAUGUAUAUAAAGUAGAAGACAGUAGUAUGUUGGCUUUUAUAAGAGACAGAACGGCAGCACCGUAUUUUUCGAAUAUUGUAUGGUUUAUUGGAAAACACAUACAAGAGUUGGAUAACUGUGUUAGAAAUGAUGCUGAUCAUCAGUCUCAGAACAGAUUAUCAGAUCUUGUGGCAGAACAUUUAGACCACCUUCACUAUCUAAAUGACAUUCUCUGUCUUAAUAUAACAGACUUAAAUCAUGUAUUAACAGACCAUCUGCUACACAAAUUACUUAUUCCUCUGUAUAUUUGUUCACUGGCAACGAGUAGAAGGAAGUCUUCGAUACCUGAAGGUGUUAAUCAGGCUGUGGCAAAAAUAUUAAGCAAAAGUUCAUCUGGUAGUUCUGAUUCGCCUAGACUACAAGACCCGACAGCUGGAAAAGUAUCGUGUGUUGUAGCAUUGUUUUUGUUAUCACAAGUGUUUUUAAUAUUAUCCCAUUCGCCGUUGGUGCAUACAUUGGCGUGGAUCAUUUUGAAAACAGACAGGAGCAUCUUUGAAAAAGGUGCGUCUAAACUUCUGGAACAUUUCGAAAACGAAAAGAAAGAUUUGGAGGACAGUCUGUGCGAUCGCACCAGUUCAAAAGAAAGCACCAGUUCCAAAGAGAACCUACUGGACGAACCGAAGAAUAUUACAGACGAAGAAAAAGAGAAAUUAGCGAAAGUUCCACCUUCGGAUAAUCUAGGCAGUGAACGGCCAUUUUUAGAGACCGUCUAUACUGCGUUAGACUGUUCGGAAAAUGACUACGCCGUUCUUUUUGCUUUGAGCUUGUUGUACGCGAUGGCAAACAACAGAGGCGUGUCAUCUGAUAUAAUAGAACAAGUUUUAAAGCCAAAGAAGUCAAUUUCAUCGAAAUCAUCGACAAAAGAAGUAAAAUACUCUUAUAAUACGUUUUUAGUUGAUAAGCUCCUAGCUAUAAUCUUAUUGGCAUGUCAGCCAUCCUGUAGAAUACGAUUAGUGACAUUAGAGCUGACGCUAAAAAUUCUACUUCAACUUGUGAUAUGUGACGGAAAAAAUAUAUUAUCAGAUGCACAUCAGCAUUCUUUAGAAACAGCUAAAUCGCAAAGUAUGGCUUUGCUUAGGAAUUUUUAUAAAAGUGAAGAAAUAUUUUUAGAUAUGUUUGAACAUGAAUACUGUGAUAUGUCAAAAGGGCCGCUCAAUGUCGAAUGGUUGUGCAUGGAUAGCGCAAUACUUUUACCUCCUACAGGCACGCCAAUGACUGGAAUAGAUUUUGUAAAACGCCUGCCUUGUGGUGAGAGCGAGAAGGCAAGAAGAGCAAUACGGUUGUUCUUUCUGAUGCGCAACAGUUUGCUAACACUCAGCGGCGAAGUAGAGAACCAACUACCACUAACGAAUCCCCAGAGCUGCGUGCAGAUAGACCAUGCCCUGGAUCUGAGUAUAGCUCGUUAUAACUCCGAUCUUAUCGCGUGUACCGUACUGUAUAAAGAUGGAACGAAGAUGCGACGGUUUUUGGUGAUAGAUAUUAUGCAGCUAAUCCUGGUAGAGCCUGAUAGUAAAAGGUUAGGAUGGGGUGUCGCCAAACUAGUCGGGUUUCUGCAAGACAUAGAAGUUACAGGAGACAAAGACGAUUCAAGAUGUUUACACAUUACAAUUCACAGACCAAUAUCGGGAGCUACAACAAAUAGAGUUCCUUUGCUAAGCGCAAAGUUCUUGUUUGAUGAUAACAUCAGGUGUAUGGCAGCUAAGCAAAGACUAACAAAGGGUCGUAUCAAGGCUCGUCAAAAGAAAAUGCAACACAUCGCUCGUCUCUUGGAAAUACCGGGACAGUCAGGACCGCCAAGUCCAGCGUUUACCGGCCAAGGAUUGUAUGGAUCCAGGAUAACUGGUAGGUCCUUGAGGGAGAACAGGCCCUUGUUUGGUCCCUCCAGAGUUCCUGGAUUUGCCGCUCCUAAAAGAGAGAGUUCGCCAGGGGUCAUUCAUAAAGCUGACGAAUUUCGAAGACACAGAGAUAGUGACAGUCCUACCCGCAUAUCUAAAAAAGACUCUACGAAUCCCUGCCAGUCUACACUUUCAACCAAGAAGGAAAGCAGAUCCCGCGACGGUUCCUCGAGCAGGACAAGAUCAAGAGAAGGUUCUCCCAGAAUGCCACGACCCAGAUCAGAAGAAAUCCCCAUGGAACUGAUGAAAAAAGUCCCAAAUUCUGAAAUUACACCUAAAAUUAACAUUUUGCCUAGACCUCAGACACCUAGGGUAGAACCUGAACCAACUGCUGCUAACUUUACGCCACCCAAGCUAGAAAAUGGUCUGGUGCCUGUGAUAUCAGAGGAGACUUCUUUCAUAGGAGAACAAAAAAGCGAAAAAGACAUAGAGGGUUUGGACAAUGUUUAGAUAGGGGUGAAUAAAUUUUGUACAAUAUAAAUUGUAAAUAGGUAAUUAUUAACCGCUGAUGGGCGCUUGUAAUUGUUCGAAUUUUUAUAGAAAUAACAAAAAAUAUUUAAAUAAAACGGAAUAUAAAAGA